AGUUGUCAUGGCCUGUCAGAAUUGCACUGAAAUAUUUUUAAAUACAUAAAUAGUAGGUAUACGCGUCGGUGGUUACACUACACUCACACGUUGUAAUUUGUAUUAAUUUUUGUUCUAAAUUACUUAUAUUAUGGAUGACGAAAUUGAAGAUAUGGUAGGGGAUAUUAAGUACACAGACUCGCAGAAAAGUGUAGCCACUUCAAACGUGUAUUCUCUUGACUUUACCGACAGUAGUUCAGACAAAAAUAACUCUUCUGGUAAAGAUACAUACGUUAUAGAAUGCGACGACAGCGACGAUAUAGAUAGUGAUAAAACAUUUCAACUGCACAACAAUCAAAGUAUUAUUGAUUUAAAAAACUAUUGUGUUAAAGUAAAUCACGAUGCGGAUGUACAAUGUGAAAAUGUGCAAAGGCUAAAUAGAUCAGCAACUGCGAGUCUUCAUAAAUGCUGUAUCCUAGCUCAAGAGACACAUUUCACUCAAACAAGUAAAACUAUAAUGGAACUAGCCGAAGCGGAAUCUAUAAAAAAAACAGUCUUAAACAAAUCAUUAGAAACACAAACCUCUUUAUUAUCUAUAAUUGAAAAUAAAACCGUACAAUAUACGUUAGAACUUUCCGAGACACAUACAAAUUUGAUAAAAAAUAAAAUGGAUAUUAAUGAAUAUAAUACAAACAACCUUCAUGAUAUUACGUGUGAUCAAGUAUUUACUAAUUCUCUGGACGAUGGUUCUUCAAAGUUUCCAAUGUCAGAAAAAACGGAAGAGAACAGAAGCGAUGAUGAUAGUUCGACAGGUGAAAUAAUAAAAAUUAUAAACGACGAAUCAGAUGAUAAUGUUCUAGGCGAAGAACAAAACGAAGUGCAUUAUGGAAACGGCGAUAAUUUUAAAAUAUCUUCAGAAUCUAGUAUGGAUGUUGAAGAGUAUUCAUUUGCUGACAUUGAAAGUAAAAUAGUAAGCAUCAAUGAAGACAGUAUCAGUGAUGUUAGUGAAGUUCCAACUUCUCUGGACAACGACGUCGAAGAUUUGUAUAAAAAAAUUGCGGAUAAUUUAGAACUCCGUCCAAUUGAGACAGCAUGUGAAUCAGAAAUCCGUCACAUAGGAAUUUUAACACCCUUGACUGAAGAAUCUCUUACUAAAAAUGGGAGUUUUUUAGAUUUAACACCAAACGUUAAUAAUAUAACAAGUGAUGAUAGUAAAAAGGAUAUAAUUUUCACAAACAACGCUGGAAUCAAAAUCAAGAUCCUUCCAGAUGAUACAAAAAAAGAAUCCCUUAAAUUACCAGCUAUUCCAAAUGUUCCAUCAUGUCCUAACAGUCCACACUUUUACUUAUUUUCCAGUAACUCUCCAUAUAGACUAUAUAACAAAAGCAAUGAUUGUCCGUUUGAAGAACAAAAAGAUCGAUGGGAAAUUGGAUCGAAAGAAUUGGCAUCGGGCGAAAGCACACUCAUAAGUAGACGAAAUGAUAUUUUACAAGACAGAGAUCAAUAUGUGCAGUUACCUCCUAUUCAUUUAGAAGGUCAUAUAAUGAAUAAUAAUAAAACUAAACCUGACGCUCCAUUAAAUGAAAAAGCUAGAAAAUAUUCUUCUCCAACUACAGAGUCUGUACACGAUGCUAUUAGCAUAAAUGAUAGAAUUAAAGAAUUGAAAACUACAACCAAGAAAACAAAGCAGUGGACAUAUCCUAAAUAUUUCCCGUCUACAGAGAGCAGAACAAGCAGGAGUGUUUCACCGAAUAGCAACUCACCUGAUGAAAGCAAGCUUGGAGAUAUUGCUGAGCGAGGAUGCGAGGCGCUUUGUGUCGAAUUACUGAGAAGACUGCGGUCUAGUUCUUGGUUGGAAGUAACUGAUACGCUUCAAGAUGCGUCUAUAGUAUUGGAAAAGUUCUGGGGUGUAAUAACAGAAAAUCGAAUUGCGGACUUAAUAAGACAUGUGAGUGCUCACAUAGAAUCGCCGCGUACACAAGUGGCUCGCUCGGCGUGCAGCACAUUAGCUGCCAUCAUCAAAAACACCAACUACACGAAGAAACCGGAUUUUCAUGAAGCGGUAACAAUUCUGCUAACGAAAACUGGCAACUUCAGUCGGCCGGUGCGGCGUGCGGCAAACGUGGCGCUCGAUGAUAUUGUUUGCGGGGUCGAGCUCACUCACGCCGUCACUGCACUCUGUGUCCAUGGCACUAGUCACAAGAGUCCACUAGUACGAUGUGCAGCAGCGCGAUUGCUCGUGGUGUGUUGCGCGCUCGCCAACGGCGGCAGGGAACUGCUGAGGACCCGGCCCGCGAGCGCCGCUGUCGCUCGUCGCCACGCCCUCAGAUCUAUGGCCGCCUUGCUAGACGACAAGAACACAGAUACGAGAAAAUACGCCGAGCGACUGUAUUCCAUGCUGCGCCCGCUGAAUAACUUUGAAGCUUAUUACGUGACCGACGUGGACGUGGAACUUGCGACCCGGCAAAUGAAGAAGUACGACCAGCUCCUACUGUGCGGUCCGCACAGAGAAGCCAGGUGAUGUUGAUUCCGCUGCUGACAACUAUGCAGACAAUGGACCCAACAAGUAGUGCUUCAUAAUUCCUGGGCCGUAAUACCUGUAUCUAUUACAACUCUAUGAUAACAAUGGACCCAACAAGUAGCGCUUAAUAAUACCUGGGCCUUACCUGGACCUUACCGCAGCUAUCACAACUCUAUUGACAAUGGACCCAACAAGUAGUGCUUAAUAAUUCCUAG